ACCAGACGGGCCCUGAGUUCCGCGUCCUCGGCUGGGACGCUGGGCGACCUCCGGCAAGCGGCCUGACCGCCCAGUGCCUCGCUUUCCUCCGCUACGAAAUGGGGCCGAUGACGCAGCUCAACCUCGUAGGCGUCGCGUGAGGCUGAAAAGCGCUUAGAUCGGCGCCUGGGUCUUUACUGUGAUGUCGCUCUUGGAAUUAUCGUUAUGCAGUGAACAAGUGUUGGGCGACCAAAGUGUCCCCUUUAAUCCUCCCACGCGCUUUAUUCUGUGCUCCCAGUUUACUGAGGAGAUGAUGGAGACCCAGGGAGGGGAAGUGACUUGCCUAGGGUGACACACCAUGAACAAGAAAGAAGUUGAAUACUGACCGAGAGCUAGGCAUGAAUGAUCCUGAGGCUAUAUUUGUCUAGUUUUGUUAAUUCUGCCAGUGUUGAUUGUACCAGGUGCAAACUGAAGUGAAAUUGGCCAGCAAGAGGAAUCACUCCACCGCCCCUUGCCAUAACCGGUAGAUUGACAGUAGCACCUCCCAGGAAGCCUGCAACCGGCCCCACAAAUUCUAGCAGUGCCAAGAAGAAGGAUAAAAGAGUUCAAGGUGGAAGAGUGAUUGAGUCCCGGUAUCUGCAGUACGAAAAGAAGACAACCCAAAAGGCUCCUGCAGGAGAUGGGUCACAGACCCGAGGGAAGAUGUCUGAAGGUGGAAGGAAAUCCAGCCUGCUCCAGAAAAGCAAAGCAGAUAGCAGUGGGGUCGGAAAGGGUGACCUGCAGUCCACGUUGCUGGAAGGGCAUGGCACAGCUCCACCUGACCUGGAUCUCUCUGCUAUUAAUGACAAAAGCAUCAUCAGAAAGACGCCACAGUUAACAAAAACAAUAUCAAAGAAAGCUGAGUCGACAUCAUUUUCUGCCCCUCGGAAAAAGAGCCCAGAUUUAUCUGAAGCAAUGGAAAUGAUGGAGUCUCAGACACUACUGCUGAUGCUACUAUCCGUAAAGAUGGAGAACAAUCUUGCUGAGUUUGAAAGAAGGGCAGAAAAGAAUUUAUUAAUAAUGUGUAAAGAGAAGGAGAAGCUACAGAAAAAGGCCCACGAGCUGAAGCGCAGGCUUCUCCUCUCUCAGAGGAAGCGGGAGCUGGCAGAUGUCCUGGAUGCCCAGAUCGAGAUGCUCAGCCCCUUCGAGGCAGUGGCCACACGCUUCAAGGAGCAAUACAGGACAUUCGCCACGGCCCUGGACACUACCAGGCAUGAGCUGCCCGUGAGGUCCAUCCACCUGGAAGGAGACGGGCAGCAGCUCUUAGACGCCCUGCAGCAUGAACUGGUGACCACUCAGCGCCUCCUGGGAGAACUUGAUGUUGGUGAUUCGGAAGAAAAUGUGCAGGUGCUGGACUUACUGAGCGAACUCAAGGACGUGACGGCGAAAAAGGACCUUGAGCUCCGAAGGAGCUUUGCCCAGGUGCUGGAACUCUCCGCAGAGGCAAGCAAAGAGGCAGCCUUGGCAAACCAGGAAGUCUGGGAAGAGACCCAGGGCAUGGCGCCCCUCAGCCGGUGGUAUUUCAAUCAAGACAGUGCCUGCAGAGAAUCUGGGGGAGCACCCAAGAACACGCCCCUGUCUGAGGACGACAACCCGGGUGCCUCGUCAGCUCCCGCUCAGGCCACCUUCAUCAGCCCAAGCGAAGAUUUUUCUUCAAGCAGCCAGGGAGAAGUCCCGCCCUCUGUCUCUCGUUCAGGGAGGGACUUGUCAUGACUCAUAGUUGCAUUCAGGAUACUUGAGCACUUUAUAUACUACCGUAGCACUGUAGCUAUGUUUUAUGUGAUAAUCUUGUUUGAUAAAACAGUAAACCUGUUUUGCAAUUGAA